GCCAUUUUUUCUUCUUCUUCUUUAUUAUGUGUUCAAAGUGAUUGAUUUCUUAACCCCUAAAAGUCGUCAAAAUGGGUGAUGUGUAAGUAUAUUUUGUACAUUUAAAUAUUAUUUCAUCAUAUUCAAUAUUAUGUGCAAUUCUAAUCAUUUUUCUAUUUCUUUUAUUAAAGCAAAAGAACAACAGGGCGGCAAAUGAAUAUUUUAAUAACCUUUAUGGAGGACAACAUUUCAGUUGCCACCGGAAAGGCGGAGGGGACUUCCUAUAAGAGUUUCAAGCAGGAAAAGUGGUUGGAACUUGAGAAGAAGUUGAAUGCAGCUGGUCCACCAGCGAGGGAUGCUAAAGGUUGGAGAAAGGUAUGGACCGAUCUCAUCCAUGAAACGAGAAAAAAAGUUAGAGAAGCAGAAGUGGAUCGUGGCACCACAGGAGGAGGGAGGGCACGUCCAGUGAAACUAACUGACAUCCAAAAUAGAGUCCGGGACCUCUUGGAUUUAUCGAAAGCAGUCCAAGGCAAUCCCGGAAUAAAUUUUGGAUUUGGCGGACUGCAAGAAAAAUUUGAUGCAUCCCAGGCAGGCCCAUCCCACGCGCCAGCCGAUCGAUCUCGAGCCGGUCCACCGGAAGCCGGCUCUUCGCAUGCCGGCCCUUCGCAUGCCGACCCUGCGCAUGCCGGCCCUUCGCAUUCCGGUCCUUUCCAAGCCCGUGAAAAUGAUCCAUCGGUUGAAUAUCCUACGUUAGAUGAAGAUUCAUGUAGCUCAAAUGCUGGGAUUGCAGUUCUAAAUGAAGCUGAAACCAUGGAAGUAAAUGGAUCGCAUGCCAAUAAGGGCAAAAAUCUGACAAAUACGAAAGGAUCGACUCUACUAAAGGCAUACAAUGAAAGAUUCGAGUCUACUCUACAAUUUCAGAAAGAGCAAUUAUCUUUCAUUAAAGAAACAAAGAAAGCUUUUGAAUAUUCUUUUAAGGAAUUGAUCGAUAUUUCUAAGGAAACGCAAAAUAUUUGCAAAAUGCAAUUUAAUUUGGAACGUGAACGCUUUUGCAUCGAGAAGAAACGCCUGGAGAUUGAGGAAGACACACUGAAGACAUUCCAGAAUAUCCAUGAGAAUCUCCGUAAUUAUUUUGAGAAAUAG